AUGUAUCAAACUUUUCCAAAAUCAGACAAGCAACGAAAUGAAUAUGUAUGUUUCAAAAAUCAAAUGACAUUUUUAUUGGUGAUGCAAAUAAUCAUAAAAAUAUCUUUAAGAAGUUAUCCAUGCACCAACGAAGUAAGUUUCACUCUGACAAUGGAUCCUCCUAAGGAUUCUGUAAACCGUUUGAUAAAAUUUGAGGUUAGAGCAAAAUCUCAACAACAAGGUUUUAAGGAAUUUAAAUUUGGAAAAAAUUACUUUAAAUUUCAAAAUGCAAUAACCGAAUUCAAAACAGAUUUUGCCAUUUUCAAUUCCGGCGAUUCAUCAGUUUUGGAAAUAAAUGCAAAGAUUACAGUUCUUGAGGACAGAUCGAAUAACAUUUAUGAGCCUCAAGAAGAUCAUCAGGAUGAAAAUGAAGAUCAAACCUUCUAG